UACAUUUUUACUCAGCUCUCCGGCGGUCGCACAGCAAAGCGCGCUACAUUCUUCGCCGCUCGGGCAUCGCGUAGUACGGCAGUGUACGGGCGGAGUUAUACGGCGCUCUGCCUGCGCGUGUGUGCGUGCGUGUGCUUGUGCGUGUGCGUGUGGGGUGGGGGGUGCCGGCGUACUAAAGGCCAUGUGAGCGCGGCGCCUCCGCCUCUCCCCGCAGUGAAUGACAGCGCACGGCGCGGCGCAGCUGCUCUAUCCUGCCCGCCGCCUCUUACGUGCGCGACAGCCGUGCAGGGAAGCGGCACUUUCUCCCACUACGGAAUUUACUUUCUUCUACCACUAUUUUCUGUGAAUUACAAACCGACAAGCUUUUUUUAGAACUGACGUUUCUUUUUGUAAUUUUGUCACUUACACGGCAGACAGCAUGCCGCUCAGCUCCGGUUUGACGAGCACAAACUAUGAUUACGACUACGACUCCAUCCAGCCCUACUUCUAUUUCGACACCGAGGAUGAGGGUUUCUAUUACCAGCAGCACAGUCAGCUCCAGCCCCCGGCACCCAGCGAGGACAUCUGGAAGAAAUUCGAGCUGCUGCCCACGCCGCCUCUCUCCCCCAGCCGGCGCUCCUCCUUCCCCGGCAUCCUGCCCUCGACGGCCGACCAGUUGGAGAUGGUCACCGAGUUCCUCGGGGACGAUGUGGUCAACCAGAGUUUCAUCUGCGACGCAGACUACUCCCAGUCCUUCCUCAAGUCUAUCAUUAUCCAGGACUGCAUGUGGAGCGGCUUUUCCGCCGCCGCCAAGCUGGAGAAAGUGGUUUCCGAGAGACUUGCGACGCUCCAGGCUUCCAGGAAGGAGUGCCCGCCGCCGGAGCCCCCCGGUCGGGUGAACGCCAGCUACUUGCAAGAUCUGACCACAUCGGCGUCGGAUUGUAUAGACCCUUCUAUAGUAUUCCCGUACCCGAUCACCGAAAACCCGAAACCGAGCCAGGAGACCCCAUCUUCAUGCUUGCUUUUGGAUACCCCGCCCAACAGCGGCAGCAGCAGUAGCAGCAGCAGCGGUAGCGAUUCAGAAGAAGAAGAGGAGGAGGAGGAUGAUGAUGAUGAUGAUGAAGAAGAAAUUGACGUGGUGACUGUGGAAAAGAGGCAGGCACUUAGGAGGUCUGAGUCGUCAGGGGUGGUCACAAGGCUGCACCAGAGCCACCUCGUCCUAAAGAGAUGCCACGUUCCCAUCCAUCAGCACAACUACGCCGCCCACCCACCGGCGAGGAGCGAGCAGCCUUCCGUCAAGCGGCCAAAGCUGGAGGGGGGCGCCAGGGCACCCAAGCAGAUCGGUGGCGGCCGCAAAUGCGCGAGCCCGCGGACGUCAGACUCUGAGGACAAUGACAAACGGAGGACUCACAACGUGCUGGAGCGCCAGAGGAGGAACGAACUGAAGAUGAGCUUCUUCGCGCUGCGGGACGAGAUCCCCGAGGUGGCCAACAAUGAGAAGGCGCCCAAGGUUUUGAUACUCAAAAAGGCGACCGACUGCAUUUUCAGCCUGCAGACGGACGAGCAGAGACUGCUUUCAUUAAAGGAACAGCUGAGCAGGAGAAGUCAGCAUUUAAAACAGAGGCUUGAGCGGCUGAGGAACUGUCAAGGAUGCUGAGUUAGAUUUAUUUGUAUUUAAGUCCUUUAUUUUUAUUAAUAAAAUAUAAAAAAACAGGGCUACAUGUUUGUCAGCCUUAACUUAAAUAUUUGUUAUGUUUUGUAUAUAAUAUUUACAAAGAAAUGUAUUUUUGGAUUUUAAUUGAAUGUUCCAGACACGUUUCAUGAUUGUUCAGCAUAAAUGUUCUAUUCAAUCUGAAUCAUAAAUGCAUUUCUUUAUUGACA